AUGAAGCUCUUCCUGUUGCUUUCACUCAUUGGGUUCUGCUGGGCUCAGUAUAACCCACAUACUCAGUACGGACGGACUUCUAUCGUCCACCUGUUCGAGUGGCGCUGGGUUGAUAUCGCCAAGGAAUGUGAGCGAUAUUUAGCUCCUAAAGGAUUUGGAGGGGUACAGGUCUCUCCACCAAGUGAAAAUAUUGUGAUUUAUAGACCACCAAGGCCUUGGUGGGAAAGAUACCAACCAGUUAGCUACAAAAUUUGCACAAGGUCUGGAAACGAAGAAGAAUUCAGAGACAUGGUGAAGAGGUGCAACAAUGUUGGUGUCCGUAUUUAUGUGGAUGCAGUUAUUAAUCACAUGUGUAGUGCAGGCGGUGGUGCAGGGACAAACAGUACCUGUGGAAGUUACUACAAUGCCCAUAACAGAGAAUUCCCAGCAGUUCCAUACUCUGCUUGGGAUUUUAAUGAUGGUAAAUGUGACCAAGACGUUUAUGACUACAAAAAUGCUAAUGAGGCCAGAAAUUGUCUUCCGUCUGGCUUUCUGAACCUUGCACUUGAUAAAAGUUAUGUUCGUGGAAAGGUCAACGAUCUGGGUAAGGAGUCAAUGUACUUUGGAAUUGGACGUGUGACAGAAUACAAAUAUGGGACAAACCUAAGCACAGUUAUCCGCAAGUGGAAUGGACAGAAGAUGGCCUAUUUAAAGAACUGGGGAGAAGAUUGGGGUUUUGUGCCUACUGACAGAGCCCUUGUGUUUGUGGACAAUCAUGAGACUCAGCGAGGACUAGGUGGUGGAGGAGCAUCCAUUCUGACCUUCUGGGAUGCUAGAAUGUACAAAAUGGCAGUUGGCUUUAUGUUGGCUCAUCCUUAUGGGUUCACACGAGUAAUGUCAAGUUACCGUUGGGCAAGAAAUUUCCAGAAUGGAAAAGAUGUGAAUAACUGGAUUGGGCCACCUAAUAACAAUGGAGUAACCAAGGAAGUGACCAUUAAUCCAGACAUGACUUGUGGCAAUGACUGGGUCUGUGAACAUCGAUGGCGUCAAAUAAGGAACAUGGUUGCCUUCAGAAACGUAGUCAAUGGUCAGCCUUUGUCAAACUGGUGGGAUAAUGGCAGCAACCAAGUAGCUUUUAGCAGAGGAAACAAAGGUUUCAUUGUCUUUAACAAUGAUGACUGGUCAUUGUCAACAACAUUACAGACUGGUCUUCCUGCCGGCACCUACUGUGAUGUAAUUUCUGGAGACAAGAUUGAUGGCAAUUGCACCGGAAGUAAAGUCUAUGUUGGCAAUGAUGGCAAAGCUCAAUUUUUUAUUAGUAACUCUGCUGAAGACCCAUUUAUUGCAAUCCAUGUUGAAUCAAAAUUGUAA